GUCGUCAUGGGAACGGUGCUGUCUCUGUCUCCGGGCUCGCGGAAAGCCGCGGCUCGUGGACCGGAGAAGCUGGCGGUGCAGAAGCCGCCGGAGGAGGAUGAUGCUGAUGCUGAGGAUGCUGAGGAUGAGGAGGAGGAGAAGAAGAAGAAGAAGAAGAAGCGACACGCGCUGCUCCUGCACGCGCUCACCUGGAAGAAGCGCCUCGUGGCCGCGCGAGCCAAGAGGAAGGGCGGCAAGAAGGUGAAGCCGGUGACCGAGCAGCAGCAGCGGGAGCAGCCCGACAGCGACCCGCGGCACAGAGCGCCGAAGGCCGGACACAGGCACGGACCCAUCCCGGUGCCCGUCCCCACCGUCCCGGAGCGCGGCCACCGGCAGAGGCAGGGCCGGCCGGAGCUCACCGUGUCCCCGCGGAGGGUGGUGGUGCAGGUCGGUGCUUCACACGGAGACAGGGAGGGCCAGGGAGCGGGCCAGAGUCUGAAGACCGGGACGGAUCAGUGCUUCAUCAGUCCUGCCAGUCUGGUCUUCGUGUACCUGCUGUGCAGGGACGUGGUGGAUGAGGAUACAUCUUCGGAGCAGGAGCUCCACGCCACCUUCCUCACUUGUCUCUACCUGUCCUACUCCUACCUGGGCAACGAGAUCUCCUACCCGCUCAAGCCCUUCCUGGUGGAGUCCAGCCGCGAUGCAUUCUGGGAUCGAGCGCUGGAGGUGAUCGAGCGCCUGAGCGGCGACAUGCUGCGCAUCAACGCCGACCCGCAUUUCUUCACCGAGGUGUUCCAGGACCUGAAGAGGCAGGGGGCGGCCGAGGGGGGGAGGGAGGGGGGGGACAAAGAUGGCGGCCGGAUCGACGACCUGGAUCGCUAA